GUUAUUGUCUUUUUGAUCUUGCUAGCCCAGUCUGAACUGAAUCAAAAGCAACCAUGGAGAGGAACAGCUUGAGCAACAGUUUGAAAGAUGGCAGUUUUGGCACUAGAGCCGUUAAAGACCCCAUCAACAUGAACAAUAACAGCGUGCCUAAAGAUUCGGUGAACUGUGGUAGCCAAAACUACGGAGAUCAUUAUGUUAAUGGGUUUUCAUGGCCUCCGAGAUCUUAUACAUGUAGCUUCUGCAAAAGAGAAUUCAAAUCUGCUCAAGCUCUGGGUGGCCAUAUGAACGUCCAUAGGAGAGACAGAGCCAGGCUGAGGCAGUCACCCCCAAGGGACGGUAGCCUAUUUGACUCUUCGUGUCCAAAAGGCAUGGACUUAACUAAUAUGAAGUGUGAAAAAUCAUAUAGUGGGGGCGAAGAAUUUGAUGGGUCCAAGAAAGGGGGCGGGUGCAAGAUUUUCAAGAAGCCUGAUCAGAUUGUCAGAUUAGACUUGGAGAUCGGUCUCCUCAGUGACUCAAAGGAGGAUAUAGAUUUGGAACUUCGAUUGGGAUGCUCUUAGAUGGAUCUAUGAACAUUCUCAGAAUCCUUUUUUUUUUUUCCCCCUUGACUAAUUGCACCAAUUUACUAUCUGAGAUUCUGAGAAGACCAAAUAGCGAUCGAGAUGUGAUAUGCAUAAUAUUUUUUAACUGAGCAACGUAUUUUCCAAUGUAUUUGGCAUCAUCAUGUACUUCCUAUUUUAUGCAUGGGCGCUUAUAUGUAUUGCCAAUAAUUUGCCGAAGUACUACUACAUGUUCUUUUGAACUAUUUUCAAUUCAAUCUCUUACGUAUAAUAUGGGUAGCUAAAAGAUUGAAAUA